CGAUGAGGAGCUGCAACGCAACGCUGCGCAACAGUCGAGAUGGUCAGGCCAAAUUCCGCAUUCCCUCAGCCAACCCAAAGGCAUGCAAUGCCAACAACCACAGCCACCGCCAGCCAGCGAUCUUGUGCACACAGCCAAUCACCAACCAACCAGCAAGCCAAACCAGCCAACCGACUGACCUGACUGACUGACUGACCUGUCCCCACACCCCAUUCAUUAUCCCACACCCAUCAUCAACCUCAACAAGCAACACCCAUUUCCCUCCUUACCCGAACGACAACCACAGAAGUCAAUCGUCCAAAACCACAACAUCUAUCGUUGUUCGAGUUGACCUUCGAACCUUCAUCUGUGAGCCUGGUCACUCUCCUUUCCUCGUGAGCCCUGAGCAACACCCUCCCCCUCCCCUCUGCUCUCUCUCCUCUUCCGUUUCCUUUUUUCACGUCUCCGACUGAACAGCAAACAGACAAGAUGGACUCUGUUCCUUCGCGCCCGAGCCGCGAGGCCAUGCUGAACACAUGCUCUGACGAGCAAGAGCUGGCGGGCUCGGACCGCGGGCAGACCAAGCGCGCAUCACAAAGCGGUGCUGAGGGGUCCACCACGCUCGGAAAGAAAGGGUCCCUCAUCUCCAUGCUUGGCCAGAACAUUUGGGCUGGUGAUGACCUGCGCGCGAUGAGCCCGAGCAAGGCCGGCUACGAGACGGAGCAGCGGUCUGGCGCACACCGCCGCCGCUCUUCCUUCCUACAGAGCAUGGCAGACUACCUGGCGUACUCGAGCACGCUGGAGUCAAACUCGGGUCGCCCACAAUGCCCGAUCCCACAAGGGCCGGCAUCGCGCCGCCCGUCCGGCAUGCCAGAUGCAGAGGGCGACGAUGACAUUCCCGUGGACGACGACGAGGUUGCCAUGUACGUGAUGCGGUCGGCCAGCCGCCGCCAGAGCGUGGCGCCCAUCGUGGCGGAGUCGUCCAUCGCCGCCUCCGCCGUCUCCGCAAAGUGCACGCGCCCCGCCGUCGAGCGCGCGGCAGCACACCAGCACCAACAGCACCACCAGCAGAUGGAGCACCAGCAGAUGGAGCAGCAGGAUUGCGCAGGCCAGGCAGAUGACGAGGAGUACGCGGACGACGCCGCUGCGUCACCCAGAAGCGUGCCCACCUUCCUUCUGGAGCAGCAGUUUACAUUUGCACCGAUGGACGAGGCGCAGUCGCCUUCGCGCUCUCCAACACGCUCGCCGACACACGGCGGCGGCGGUGCCCGCGACACGCGCAGUCCCGAGCUGCGCCGCCGCCGCCGCGCCUCCGUGUCCACGCCCUUCGAGACCAUCUGCGAGGAGCGGGAGGACUCCGACAGCGCGCCGUCCAGCGCAACGCCCGUGUCCACCACCACAAGCGCAUGCAGCGGCGCCACCACCGUGCCUGCAAGCAUUGUCAUUGAGCCGCGGUCGGCAGCCCUCGCGCCAACGUCGCCCGGUUACCCGCACGUGAACUCGCCGCUGGACUUUCCGUCGCCCAAGCCGCCCGUGGCCAAGAGGGCGACACCAACGAAGCGCAAGGCGCCCCUCGCCAGCAGCGCCGCACCGCCACCGCAAGCAUCAGCCGCUGUUACACAGCACGCGCACUACGAUGCACAGCGGGACCAGCACCACCACCAGCCACACCACGGCUUCCACACCACGGGCGCCGCCCCCAACACACUGGCAGCCAUGCAGCCGCAGAGCACGAUGCAGGUGGCGAGUGCAGCCCAGCUGUCGGCGCAGGAACUGGUGGCCCUGCGGCAGCUCUAUGAGCAGCUGCACGCUGAGCAGCAGGAGUUGCUGCGGGAAGCGCGCUUCUGGCGCCGGGCAGAGCUGGUCGCUGUCUCCGCUGCCGCAGCCGUCAUCACCGCCGCGGCAUUCAAGUACCUGCUAUGAAAUGGGGGCAUGCCUGCAGGCAACCAGUUGAUGCAAAGCACGCAGCGUGGUGGUGGUGGAGCCGUGGUGUUGGAUGUGGGGGAGAAUGUAUGCAUGCGUGGACGUGUGGGUUGUGUGGAUCGUGUGGGCUGAGGGCUUGUGUGGAUCGUGUGGGCUGAGG